CCAGCCCGGGGCGGGGAGCGCUGCCGCCGCCGCCUGGCCGCCCGGCGAACUCCGGCCAGGCAGCAGCAGCAGCUAAUGGCGGAGAAGCUCCCCGGUCUCGGCCUCUACCUCAACCCCGGCAACGUGCUUCUGAGCGGGGCCAGCAUGGACGCGGAGAAGCUGCAGGCAAAUGGAAAAUCAUUUGAGACUGUAGAACUUGGAGAUGUAGGUAUGAAAAAAACAAAGGUUCCUCGGAGAAUCAUUCACUUUGCAAGUGGUGAAACCAUGGAGGAGUACAGCACAGAUGAAGAAGAACAGGAAGAAGAGAAAAGAGAUUUGUUGCCUACAAUUGAUGUCAGCAAACUUCCUUGGGCUCCAUUCCUGUGGUUCUACAUGCUAAGAUUUGCUACGGGAACACUGUCAGUGUGCGACUUCCUGGGAGAAAAGUUAGCUUCCCUUUUUGGUAUAAAUGCACCGAAGUACCAAUAUGCUAUUGACGAGUACUAUAGGAUAAAGAAGGAGGAGGAGGAGGAAGAGGAAGAAAAUAAAAUGUCAGAAGAAGCUGAAAAGAAUUACCAAGAACAAAUAGAAAAGCAGCAAGAUGUGGUCAGUGCACAAGAUAGCUUACCGGCUGUUAAUGCAUCAUUUGUAAAUGUCAGUUUUGAGAUGGAAAACGAUCCUACACCUACAUCAGAAACCAAACAAAGAGGUGAUCCUAUCCCAACUUAGAAGCUCUACAAAAGGAGGAAGAUAAGCAGACGUCCUGCCCUUUACUCUAAAAAAUAAACCACGCCUUAAUUUACUGAUUCAAGAUGCAGUUGUGCCUUGUAAAGUCGUUCACUUCUCACUUCAUUUUGCUUUCCAUCAUGUGCUAUAAUUAUAAUACUACACAGGUUUGUUUAAUCUAACUAAUUGCAUUAUUUAUUUGUAGUGUUAUUUUUCUCUUUAUAAAUAAAUUGUCUAUUCGCCUUUUUAAACUACAGAACUUUAAUAAAAUUUCUGCAAAUUA